UCACGAUAUUUUCACGGUCUUAUUGCUAUACUUUAUAUUGUCCCGCAAAUCUUCUCUCAAAUUUCUUUGCAGUUCCCUCCCCCUUCCCCACUUUCUUAUACAAAUUAUCCCCACAAAUUCCACUUUGUAGUAUCCUUUGAUUUUAUCUUUAAAUUCUCCUUUUUUCAAUUUUUCCCAUAAAUUUUUUUUUUCAGUCUUAUGUCUCCAAUUUUUGAUAAUCCUUUUAAAAAUCCGUCUUCAAAAUAUCUUGUGCCCCUCAUGCGAUUCUUAAACUUACCAACAAAAACUACUACUUCUUCACUUUCUUCUACAACAGGAAAUGGAAAACCACCUACUAAAACGAACGAUUGUAUUUAUGCAAAGAUACUUGUAAAACUUACUCAGGAAUUUGGUGACGACUUACUUGGGUUAUUUGCCUACGGCUCCAGAAUUUACGGGAAUGCUUGUCCACAUAGUGACGUAGACGUUGACGUUUUUAUUAAAUCUCAAAGAAAAUGUCGGCGGAAUAUCUUUAUCGAUGGAUUGGAGGUUGAAAUGUUUAUUCACCCACCAGAACAUGUUUUCCACAUCUUGACAUAUGAUUCAUCCGGUAUUAUUUUGCGAUGUUAUACAUUUGGCCGUAUUAUUUAUGACCCAAAUAAUAUAAUUCCACAAUUACAAAAAUUGGCUAAACUUCGCUGGGAGGCAGGACCACCAGCCCUUGAACCAAAGGACAAUUGGCGACCACGUUAUGAAAUCGCAGAUUUAUUACGUGAUUUGGAAGAUAGUGACUUUGUACGUGAUGAAGCUACAGCACAUUUCCUAUUGGUAAAACUAGUAGAACGACUGGCGCGCAUUCAAGAACGCUUAUGUCGUCGUUGGCCUGAAAAAUUGAAACGUUGUAUUGAAGGUUGGGAAAGUUGGGAUUCAUUUGGAGGAAGAUUGGCUAAGCGUGCACUAAAUUCAAAUUUAAAAUGGGCCGAAAGAUUAAGGUGUGCGAGAGAUUUAGCAAAAUAUGUUCUUGAACCAAUUGGGGGUGUCAUGCCAAUUGAAUGGAAAAUGGAUUGGGAGGAAAUACCUCCUGCGGAAGAAUCAUUUAGAAAAUUAAUAAUACCAAAAAUAGAAGUUUUCAUAUCCUCAUAAAAUAACAAAGAGAGAGAUGUGGGGCAUGUACAGCAAAGUUAUACAAAUUUUAAUUUUGGCAUCUGUUAUUUACACGGAAUUGAUUUCUUUGUAUCUUUAUUAUUAUUAUCAUUUAUUUACCUUUCUCUCUCUCUCAAUAUAGACAAAUAAUUUUAUUUAUUAAUUAAUAUAUUUU